AAAGGUAUGUGUCAGUGAAAUGGUAUGACAUGAGCUAAAAAUAUAUAAACUUAAUGUUCUAGCUAGGACAGAAGAUGUAACGCAACAAGAAAUAAUUUUUUAUAUGUUUUGCCUUUUCUGAAUUAUUUUUUCUUUUUUUUUAGGCACAACUGAAUGUAAUUUCCCUCAGUGUAAUGGAAGUUGUCCGUGUUUUGGAGAAGUUGGGCAGCAGCUGAUCUUUCAUUUGACAAAUCAAGUAAAUACUUAUGUUACUUUGAUGAAGGAUGGCAAACAGAGGAUUUUAAAAUCAGACAAACCUGGAACAGUGACACGCUAUGAUCACAACGUAAAACAGUCUGAAGGCAUCUAUGGCGGAACAGUGAAGCUUGGUAAAGCCACGAAGAGACACUCUGGAGAUUACACGUUGGAAGAACACGGAUCUGAUGGCAUUUUAUUGAGAAAAGUCACUGUGCAUCUAGAAAUACAAGCUCCAGUGCCAAAGCCAGUUGUGUCUCAGACGUGCUUGUCACCAGAGCAGAUGACAGUCAGCUGCUCCUAUGAAGGAGAUGGAGCAGAGAUCAUUUUCAAGUUGGACAGUCAGUUACUGAUACAAACCGGAAACCACAGAAUCUCACUGGGUAACUGGCCAGCCAACAAAUCCAGUGUAACCGUCAACUUACAUGGCCAGCUGACUGGAAACUUGACAUGUCAAAUCAAGAGCAGUGGCAGGAGUCAAGGAACUUUUAUUCGACUGGAAGCCUGUAAAGCUCCAGUGCCAAAGCCAGUUGUGUCUCAAACAUGCUUGUCACCAGAGAAGAUGACAGUCAGCUGCUCCUAUGAAGGAGAUGGAGCAGAGAUCAUUUUCAAGUUGGACAGUCAGUUACUGAUACAAACCAGAAACAACAGCGUCUCACUGGGGAACUGGCCAGCCAACAAAUCCAUUGUAACCGUCAACUUACAUGGCCAGCUGACUGGAAACUUGACAUGUCAAAUCAAGAGCAGUGGCAGGAGUCAAGGAACUUUUAUUCGACUGGAAGCCUGUAAAGGUAUAUGAUCAAUUUCUAUAAUUGUUAUUAGCUUAAUUUCUCUGAUGAGCUAUAAUAAGUCACACAUGGAUU